GAUCGUUCAUGUGGUUGGAGAAUUCAGCGCACCGGAACUUGCUCGUUUUUGCCAUCAUCCGUACGAAAAGAGAUGUCGAUACGAGUUCAUUCGCUCAACAGUCAAAAUCCACCGUAUCCGGAGCUCUUCGAUCCGGUCCAACCGGCUCUCCGCAAACAACUCAAUGAAUUACAUUCGCAGUUUGUCACCUCGGACAGUUUUAUGGCGGUGAGCCCUAGUCUUAAUUCGCCUUCGUUGACAUUGGUGCUACGAGAGAAUGGACAGCCACCCAUGGUGGCAAAGAUCCCAUCGGAACUAAUCACACUAGCACGAUUCCGUCGAACAUUUGGCAUUGCUCGAUCGGAGAACAGACGGUUUCUAUUCAAAAGCACUUGUGAGGACGGUUCGGCUCCAUUCCAGUGGAGUCUGAUCACAGAUGAAGACGCUGUCCUACCAAUGUUUGACGGCAAAAUUACCGCCGAAUGUCGACAUUUCACCGAUUCAGACUGA